AUGGCUGUUGCACCAGAAGUUGCGCCAAUUCUAUCGACCCCGGACAACCACAUCCUCGAGGCGACAGAGCCCACCACUACCCCGCGCACGACCGACUCGCAGUCAGACGAAGAACUCAACGUUAUAUACGAUAUUGAGAGGACGAUCAAAGAGAUCAGGCAGGGAAGAUGGCGCCGAAUUGCUCUACAAUUUCCCGAUGAAAUGCUACCCGAUGCACCUCGAGUGUUUCAACUUCUCAGCCGUGGACUGGAAAGUUCCGCAGUUGCCCCUCAAUUGGAAGAUACCCAAAAGGCCGGUGAUAGCUCGAAGUCUUGCGCAUGUGGGAAAUUGGCGGAUAAUGGGACAAACAAGCUGGACUUGGAAGACGUUACUAAAUCUUUCACAACUACUUUGAGUGUUCAAGACGUGCCGAAAGAUCUACCUCCGAGGCUCUACAUUCUUGGUGAUACUUCGUACGGCACUUGCUGUGUGGACGAGGUGGCCGCUGAACAUGUAGAUGCUGAUGCUGUGGUUCACUAUGGCCGGGCAUGUCUAUCGCCGACGUCGAGAUUACCGGUGGUCUAUGUCUUUACACAUAGAAAGCUGGAUUUCGGACCACUCGUGGAGGCAUUUGAAGACGUCUACCCCAACAAGGAUGAGAAGAUUUUGGUUGUCGCGGACGUCACAUAUGCCAACCACGUUGAGGCGAUUGCUUCUAUGUUAAUGAAGGAAAAGGGGUACACGAAUUUGUUUGCUACCAGCGUGGUGCAUGAUCCUGCUUCGCCUGUUCCAAAUAGGACAAUUCCGGCAUCCGUCCGAGAGGAGCCAGAAAGCUUAAGAAAUUGGCAGCUCUUUCACAUAUCGGAUCCUCCAACGUCGCUUCUUUUGACGCUAUCCUCGCGAGUCGCGUCAAUUCGCAUCUACUCCACCAACCGAGGGUCUAGUACGGUCCGACCGCCAAAGACGCUCCUUGCAUCAACAGCAGCAGCGCUACGGCGACGAUACGCAAUCUUGACGUCACUUAACACAGCGCCCAUCUUUGGAAUUCUAAUAAACACUCUGAGCGUGAAGAAUUAUCUACAUAUUGUCCAGCAUGUGCAGCAGCUUAUCGCAGGGGCUGGGAAAAAAAGUUAUCUUUUUGUUGUUGGUAAAUUGAAUGCCGCGAAAGUCGCUAAUUUCAGCGAAAUAGGCGGAUGGGUGGUUAUAGGAUGCUGGGAAAGCUCCCUUGUUGACAGUGCAGACUUCUGGAAGCCAGUGAUCACGCCGUACGAGCUGGAGCUGGCUUUACAGAAGGACACGGAUCGCGUAUGGACUGGGGAGUGGCGAGGUGAUUAUCAGGCGAUGCUGGAUGAUGCAAAAUUGGGCACAGACGAUCGCUCGACGGGGUCCGACGAUCGAACAGACGUCGAGAGCCGCAGCCCUGACGACGAUGACGACGACGACGACUUGUCGGAAUCCGAAUCGGCGCCUCCAGAGUUCGACCUGCGCACUGGCAGGUACGUCUCAACAGCCAGCGCCCGCCCCAUGCGUAGCUCGCAUGUGCAGCCAGCGUCUUCAGGGAUGCGGCGUUCUAUUGAGGCCAGAAACUCGACGGCGCUUACGCGAAGGAUGAAUGGGGAGAUUGCGACAAUCAGCGGCGUUGUGUCGCCGGGCGCGGAGUUUUUGAGAUCCAACAGGACGUGGAACGGGCUGGGCAGCGACUUCACGGUGCAGUACGAAGACGACGGUGAGGCCGGCCGGGGCAGCGUGGUUGUCGAAGGGCGCAGCGGCGUUGCGCGCGGAUACACGGUGGGCGUGGACACAGCGCGGCGGUAG